UGGCUUAAUAGUGACAGGUGCACAACCAAGAGACAUUUACAAGUCCAUUAUUCAUUUAUUGCCCUUACACAGGUUGCUAGCCUUCGGUCUUUAGUUAUACUGUCGCUUGCAUGCAUGCACGAGCCUCAGCGAUCUAGCUACUUUACUUGCCGAUACUGAAUUUAUUGAAAACCCGAGAGGAGUCUUCAACAUUAAAGAAUUGUAAACAUCGAUAAACUGAGCCACGGAACAUAACAUAUAAUAGCUACUUUAGUUUUAACAUGCAAAUAUAGUUUUGGCAGCAUAUAAAUGUUUUUUGUCGAAAUUCGGCUCAUUUUAUAGUUUAAGCCUUAAGGCAGUUCAAAAACAUGUCGAUAACCCAACAUCAAGUAUUUUAAUCAAAGACAAAGUGAGAAUUUUUGGUCAUCGUAAACGAGGAAAUGAAAUGGAAAUUUAUUUCGGACGGGCCGGAAAUAUUAAUGUGAUAGGAAAGCGAGUGAACGUUAUUUUAGGCCAGCAAAAGUCCCCUUUUAUCCUAAAAUUACACCGCGUACGUAUACUGGUUAUCAUCAUAGACGAUUAAACGAGUAUAUCACUACAAAAAAUUGCUUAUGUCACAGACUCUGCGUUUCAUAUCCAUUUCUUCAUGCAAUAUCUUGAUUGUUGCACUGAUGGAUAGAGAUCACGUUUAUUAAUAUUUAAAGUGGUGUUAGAAUAAUAAUUAUAUAGGGCCUAAUAACGUAAUUUGAAUUCGUAUAUUGGGCAGUAACAUAAUUUGUCGAUGUUAACUGUCGAGUAUUUGUAUCAUAUCACAUUUUUAACUCUAGAGUAGAGGUACUUGCUACAGUAUACAUGCAUGUAGUAAUACACUAUGAAAAAUAUUUCUUGUCUUUCCUGGUACAUGCAGAUAUUAAUGCAUGCAGGCUUUUAUAUCGCUUAGCCCUUAUUAUACAUCGCUGCAGGUGGGUCAUAAUUUGGACAUAUAUAGCUAUAUAUAUAUAUACGCAUGCAGACACAAAACAUUGCCUGUUUAAUUUUUUUUCACAUGCGCAGUUACACUGAAUGGACAAUAUACAAAGACUGUUUUUCUAGGAAAUAAAUUUAGAGGAUCACCGUUUUGAAACUUUUCAGAAUGAGCAACUUUGAACCAGGAAGGAUGUGAUUAAUGAGCAUUUCUUCAGCUGCAUGGUUGUCAAGGCAAAAGAUUCUGAUCUUCUCUGAAGGUUACAGCCAAAUACUUUUGUGGACAGGGCGAAUUAUAUACUACUAUGGAAAAGUGUAUUAUUCGUUGGGUUCUGUUGUUCGUCGUUGUUCAAUUUAUAUGUACAAUAACCCAAACAGACCAAGUCCAAGGAUCUGUUGCAACCGGACAAAAAAACGUCACCGUUGAAUGUGAUUGUAUCAAUAAAACAGGUUCUCACUCUACAAAUCAGACGUUUGAUUGUGAGUGCCAAACGUACGUAUUGGUUGGAAACAAAUCUAAACGCUGUUUCUUCGACUGCAGUGACGGUGCGAAUUACACGUGUCGAAUCAACGAAACCUGCGAACGUUUGGUUACAUGCAAUAACAGCUGUCAUGAAAAUGCGACAUGCCGAAGAAUAAAUGGUGCCUAUAAAUGUGUUUGUAAUGAUGGAUUUGACGGAGAUGGUAAAAGCAGUUGUGAGCCAAAUUGCGGUUGUAGCGGUUGUGGCCAAAGCGACCCAAAGUUAAACUGUUCUUGUGAAAACAAAACCUACUGCUGUAGCACCAAUAGCAGCUGCCCUGCUAAUUGCCAAAAUUGUAAAAAAGAUGCGUGUUUGGUAACUGGAAAUUUGACCUGUUGGUGUAAUCUAACGUGUGGUAGAACUGAUGGUAACUUCAGUGCCUGGAGUUCUUGGGGUAAAUGUAGUCGUCUGUGUGGUGUUGGUACACAAAAUAGAACCAGAAACUGUACAAAACCAAUAAAUGGUGGGAAAGAUUGCCAAGGAGAUUAUAAUCAAUCGCAAUCCUGUAACAAUACGACAUGUCCCACUAUCUCGUUUUCAAAAAGUACAUAUACUGGAAAAGAACAAGAUGGUUAUGUUAAUGUUGAGGUUAAUAUUUCCUCUGGUAAAGUGGUGGAAACAUUUAAAGUCAGUGUUGAAAGAGUAUCAGGCAUGGGUACCGCUGAUCAGAAAGAUUACCAACUACCAACAAAUGUAGCUUUUACUCUUAAUGAAACGUCAAAAAAGCUAACAAUUAAUCUGACGAAGGAUUUAUAUGUCGAAGAAGUAGAGAAUUUCACAAUAAAACUAAAGGUGACUGAUUUCAAUGCGGAUGUACAUGUGGGAAAUAAUGCAACUGUGACUAUUGAAGAUUCUGACAAGGCCAAAGUUAGAUUUGACCAAAGCAAUUAUUCAACUCCUGAAAAUCUUGGUACAUUUAAAGUGGUGGUUAUUCUUGAAGGUUAUCUUAAUAUCUCUGUCAAUGCGAGCGUAAAAACUAUUGAAGGAAAUACCAGUCAAGAUGACUACACCCCUGUUGACCAGAUAAUAACAUUUCAUCCCAAUGACAAUCAUACUAAGUUCGUGGAAGUUGAAAUAACCGACGAUAAAUUUGUGGAAAUUAAUGAAACUUUUUCACUCAAAUUAUCAUCGAAAAGUCCAAAAAAGUUGGAUGUCGGGAAUCCAAAAACUGCCAAUAUUACAAUAAUUGACAAUGAUGUUGCCCUUGCGAAUUUUUCAAAACGGAAGUAUGUUGUUUGGGAAAACCAGUCACAGGUCAUAUUGGAAGUCAUUGUUCAUGGUAAUUUAUCAACCCCAGUCACUGCCAGAUUGCAGAUUAUCAACAAUACGGUGACAGCGGGAAAUUGGGCAUUAAAUCAUGAUAUAACUUUUAAUCCCGGUGAACCACAGCGGAUUAAUGUAUCAAUUAACAUAACAAACGAUAAUAUUCCAAAUGAAAAUAAUAGAACAUUCACUGUGGAACUGCGAUCACGAAACUUGUCAAGUUUGCGAGUAGUCACACCUAAUACCACUAAAAUUGAAAUAUUGGAUAAUGAUGUUGAUGGUAACUUCACAGCCUGGGCUCGAUGGAGCAACUGUAGUAGAAAUUGUGGUAUUGGUAUUCAGGAGAGAACAAGAUCCUGCUCUAAACCCAAAAAACAAGGUGAAGGAAAGGACUGCAUUGGAAAUUCAACGGAGACCAGAUCAUGUAAUAUUACAUUGCAUUGUCCUGGAACUUACAAUUGUACCUCACUUUGGUCUAACUGGACAUCUUGUAAUGCUAGCUGUGGAACUGGUUAUCGGUCAAGAAAUAGGACAUGGUACAAUGUCGUGGAGGGCGUUAGCUGCAAUGGUACAUCGUAUCAACACAUCUUGUGUAACUUGACUGCUUGUCCAGUUCUAGCUAAUUAUUCAGCGUGGACAAACUGGACCAUGUGCAAUAAAUCGUGUUAUCAAUCAAGGACCAGAGAAUGUUUAAACAUCACACAAAAUAUGAUAUGCAAUAAAACCACGAUUGAAACAAGACAGUGUAAUUGUACCACAGCUGGAUUUUCGCCGUGGUCAAACUGGACAGCUUGCAACACAACAUGCCUUCAAUCAAGUAACAGAACGUGUUUAGACACCACAAUAACUAUGAUGUGUGGCGGAUUUGAAACGAAAACACAACCGUGUAAUAUAGAAACUUGUCAAGCCAGUCAAGAGAUUUCAAACUGGUCAAACUGGACAUCUUGCAAUGUGACCUGUGGUAACGGUAUUAAAACACGACGGUGUUUAAAUGCCACAGGAUAUGGUUGUAAUGGUACCAAUAUCACAGAAUGUGAUAAUUUACCCCCAUGUCCAGUUGAUGGAUAUUUCAAACAAUGGGGUUCGUGGUCUAUAUGUACAAAAACAUGUGGUAGUGGCGAAAAAAUUCGAACGCGAGAAUGUGUGGAAGAAAAACAUGGUGGGAAUCCCUGUUCUGGGUUAGCAACAGAACAAUCAAUAUGCACGAAUCCGGAACUCUGUUCAGAUGAAAUAAACUUUAACCCUUGGAGUGAAUGGAGCAAAUGUAAUGUUUCGUGCUUAGAAGGCAAUCAAACUCGUGAUAGAACGUGUAGUAAAAAUGUAUCGGAGAGUGCAUGGGCGGGUUGUAAUGCGUCUACUAGUCAAAUUCAGUCAUGUUUCGCCGGCCAUUGUCCAGUUAAUGGUAAUUGGAGUGAAUGGAGUCCAUGGACAAAAUGUCCCGGAAACUGUGGAAGUGGCUUUCUUUACCGAAAAAGAAUAUGUUCAGAACCAAAAUAUGGUGGCCUUAAUUGUUCGGGCAAUAAACGUGACGUCAAGGAGUGUAACCAUACAAACGUUUGCACCGGUGAGAGUGGUUUCAAACAGUGGACUGAUUGGACGCCAUGCAGCGCAACAUGUGGUGAAGGUGUUCAAAGGCGAACAAGAGAAUGUGAAUAUGAUGAGCCUAAUAAAGAAUGUAACAGUUCACGUUCCCAGAAGAUGCUCUGCUACAAAGAACCAUGUCCAAUAAAUGGCGGUUGGUCGUCAUGGGAUAACUGGAGUCGAUGCAAUUCGUCCUGUGGGUCUGGGGUACGUGUAAGAAAGAGAACGUGCACUAAUCCUGUACCGAGCAGCGACGGCCUAACCUGUUAUGGAAAGAACGAAGAACAAACCGAAUGUCUUAUGCCUGAAGCCUGUAAAGAUGACUAUGCAUACGGCUCGUGGGGGAGUUGGGGUGAUUGUAGUGCUACAUGUGGCAAAGGUACAAAGACAAGAAUACGAAUUUGCAAACUAAUACCGAAAUACCCACCUGAAGAAAAAAUACCUUGCAAAAAUCCAAAAAAAGAUUAUGGAUAUAUAUCUUGCUACAUUCAACCCUGUAAAAUUGAUGGUAAUUUCACUGGCUGGUCAUUUUGGUCUCUGUGUAGCGUCACCUGUGGUGAAGGUGUUCGCUCGAGAACUCGUAGUUGUACUUAUCCCUCCCCAGCUUAUGGCGGUGCUGAUUGCACAGGAAAGAUUUUGGAUGUAGAGGAUUGCCAUCGGAAUUAUUGCCCUAAUGAUUAUCUCUUUAAGUCAUGGAGUUCAUGGGCAAAUUGUUCCAGAAGCUGUGAAGGAAUGACAAAUCGAACACGUGUUUGCAAAAACACAACUGACCCAACCGUUUGUAUGAAAGAAGAUCUGAAUGUUGCCGCCAAGAAUUGUAAUACGGAACUUUGUGAUGUUAACGGUGGUUGGUCUGAUUGGACGCUAUGGUCUUCGUGCGACCUCACGAAAUGUGGUGCCCAACUCGAACAACGCCAAAGAUAUUGUGAUAAACCUAAACCCCAAGCAGCAGGAAAUUAUUGUAUUGGACAUGAUGAGGAAGAAGUGAGUUGUAGGGAUGGGGAUCCUGUGCCAUGCAAAGAGACUAGUAUUGCUGGGUGGACAGACUGGUCUUGGUGGAAAGCGUGUUCUAAAAGCUGCGAUAGUGGUAAAAGAUCACGUUAUCGCAAGUGUAACAACCCCCCUCCUUCACCUGGUGGUCGUAACUGUACUGGAAAUUACAGUCAGAAUGAAGAAUGUAAUACCCAUCAUUGCCCAGUUAAUGGUGGAUUUACGAAUUGGACAUCGUGGACAAACUGUACAAAAAUCUGUGGCAAUGGAACACGAACGCGUAAUAGAAGCUGUACUAAUCCCACACCUAAAUAUGGAGGACUAGAUUGUGUUGGUUUAAAUUUUACAAAUGAAAGUUGUAAUGAAUAUCCUUGUCCUGUUGAUGGGGGUCUCACGUUAUGGUCAAAAUGGUCAUUCUGUAGCAAACCGUGCAACAAUGGACAGGAAAAAAGAACACGUUCUUGUACUGCACCAACUCCGAAGUAUGGUGGUCGAAACUGCUCAUGUGCCAAAACAGACAAGUUUUAUCAUUCUGAUAACUGUACGGUUGAAUAUGAGCAAACGAAUGGAUGUAACAGAUUUGUUUGUCCACCUGUGAGAGUAGAGGUUAACAUUAAUAUCAAAGGUUCUUACUUGCGCUAUCUCGAGGGUACUAGUACUGACACAAUUGGGGACAAGUUUAAGAAUAAAAUAGUAGACCAGAUCGUGCAUCCUUACUCUCAAACAGAACAACAACCUCCAGUGGUGGGAUUUACGCAUUGCAGCUCGAAAGAAUUAUGCAUCAUUUCUGUCUCGUACAAUUUUUCUGACGGUGAUCAACUGCCCAUCCUUCGAGAUAUCGUGGACCAGCCUUCAGACUCAAACUUUUCUAUGACGUGGAUGCGUUCAUCUGUAGUGUUUUCAAAUGAGGUGUUCAUAACAACUCGUGUUCUGAGCUCUACUAGUAUCAAAGUAAACUGGAGCGUGAUUGCUUCGAAUUCUGAUAACAUAACAAGCAUCACCGUAUUUUAUAAAACAUCAAAUGGCGGCGCUAUACGAUUUAAAUCGGAGCCAGUACCUGCAUCAUUUAUCGGUGGUAUUGUACUAAGAAAUUUGAAGAAAUUUACAUCGUACAAGAUUACUGUAUCUCCAACUACGGCAAAUGGCACUGGAGUACCAGGUUAUUUCUCAACUAAUACGACACACGAGGACGUUCCUAGUGUAGGACCGGAAAUAAAAGUUGAAUCAUUGAGCUCAACAUCAUUGAGAGUCACCUGGCAGCGUGUUAGCAAUGAAUAUUUACAUGGCAUACAUAAAGGUUAUUGUUUGUAUGUUGAUGGCGUACAAAGAAAUUACAGUGAUUUGAACAAGACGGAAACACUUCAAAAGUUUGUAACUGGUCUCAAACCUUACACCGAAUACAAAAUCGAAGUGGCGGCAAAAACAACCCCGGGUUGUGGAGCGAGAAGCCAGAAAAAGGAAUUCACGUUAGAAGAUAAGCCAGACGAACCUCCCAAACACGUUACUGCACACAAUACAAGCUCGAAAAGUUUACGUGUGGAAUGGGGAGAGGUAGAUGAAAAAGCGAGGAAUGGAAUUAUACGAGGUUAUUACAUCAUUUGUUCCGCUGUCAAAACAAGUGGUAUAAAAGACAAAGAGAUAAACAUCACGUCUGGUAAAGAGUUUCAUAAAGUGAUAACGGACCUGGAAAUUUGGACAUGGUACAACGUGAGUGUUGCUGCUUAUACGAAAAUUGGAGUAGGACCUGCAUACGUAGUCUCAGUCCGCACGGAAGAGGGAACUCCCGACAUUGCUCCUGUUUUCAAUAAAUCUAUAAACACAAGUUCUACUACUAUUUUCCUAAAAUGGUACCCGAUUAAUUUUACCGAUGGCAUAUUAUUGGGGUAUGAAAUAACCUAUCUGGAAUUAGGUGGUUAUAAGUUCGCUAAGAAGAAAGUUGAAAAAGUUGCCAACAAUGUCACAAAUUGCACAUUGAUAGAUUUAUUCUAUUAUUGGAAUUAUAAAAUUACAGUUGGUGGCUACACUAGACCAGGAGUGGGAAAAGUUGCCACGACAGAAGUUAGAACGCAUGAGCAAUUACCAGGACGUUCACCAGAAAACGUUCGUGGCGACGCAGAGACAUCAACUAGUGUUUAUAUCACAUGGGAUAAAGUUGCUUCAAAUUUUGUUCAUGGAGUAUUGCUAGGCUAUAACUUGACUGUUCGCAAAACAAAAGAUGGGUCUUUGGUGAAUAACAAGGAAUUAGAACCGAAACCCGUAAAAAAUACAUACACAAAGGCUAAAGUACCUGGUGUAAAUGUACUGGCCGGGGUAAAACAAGUAUAUUUAGGGAAUUUAGGUAAAUAUACAGAGUAUUCGAUAUGGGUGCGAGCAGUAAAUUCUGAAGGUCAUGGUAAACUGAAUUCACCUGAAGGUUAUCGAGUCAGAACUAAGGAAGAUGCACCGGAAGCUCCACCCUCGAACAUAAGAGUUGAAGAAUUAGCUGCGAUUUCAACAUUGAACAUGGAAUGGCGGGCGAUCCCCGAAGAUAAAGUAAAUGGUAUAAUUCGUGGAUAUUACGUGGAAUACACUGCUGUCAACAUAAAUGGACAAGACGUAGAGUUGGCAAAACAAGUGACAAAGUUUUUCCGAGUGAGAGGGAAUCGUUAUUCUACAACACUAAAAGAUCUCACUGCUGGAUCGACCUACAAAAUAAGAAUGUUUGGUUACACCAUCAAAAAUGGAACAAAGAGCAACUUUACAUAUGCGCGCACCUGUAAUUGUCCAAAGUAUUUAAAAGUGAAUUGGUGGAAUAUUCCUCCGUAUACAGAUGGCAAUCAGUUAGAUCCCGGUGGCAUAUUUUCCCACGCGGUGAAAAUAAUGGUAGACAUGUGUGGGGAAUGCCCUAAUGGACAUGGUCGAUCUAAACCAUGCUAUAAACCUGGUUGUGAUGAGCAUACCUCCCGUAGGCGUCGUGAGGUUGACUCCUACCAACAAAACAGCCUUCAGGAAGUUCUAAAUAACAUCAGAGAUGGCGUGGAUAUCAGUUUUCCAAUCCAAGGAAACAAAUACAUGACCCAUUAUGGCGGGAAGUUUCCUUAUAUCUCUGUUGUGGAGACUUCAGGAUCGGUGUAUUUUACUGUGAAAAAAACUCCCUCGACCUCCCACGUCCUCAUUAGUGCUGGCUUUUAUUCAAUUCCUUUGCUGAUGCUUAUCACUAUCCUUUCAGUUCUUGCUGGAAUAAUUAUCUGGGUUUUGGAACGCUCCUCUAAUCCAACAAGUUUUCCUUUGUCCUUUACCAAAGGAUUAAAAGAGGGAUUCUGGUGGGCUUUUAUUUCUGCCAGUACGGUUGGUUACGGUGAUCGUCGACCAGUUACAAUUCAUGGCAAAUCGUUUGCAAUAUUGUGGAUACUUAUUGGUUAUGUCAUCAUCCAAAUCCUAACCAGCUUAAUGGUCAAUUCAAUUACCUUGGUACUUGUCAAACAACGCACCCAAAUAUAUGGAGCGAGGGUUGCCGCGAUACAAAAUUCGACAGAACACAACAAAGCUAUACGCCAAAAUGGCGAUGUGAAGCUAUUCAAAAACGUUGACGAAGUAAUCAAGGCUUUGGAAGACAAGGUCGUUGAUGGAGCACUACUGGACAUGUAUGCGGCUGCAACAAGAAAAGAUCUGUUUAAAAAUGGCGAGAUCGAACUGAAUAAACAAGUGGAAUAUCCAUCUGGUUAUGGAAUUGUUUUGUCUGGAAGGAUGAAACACUCUGCCCCAAUGAUAAAAGAAUAUUUUAAAAUCAAAUCAAAUGAGAUGCUCGGGUUCAUUCAAAAUAAUACCGAUGUUGUUACACAGAAAGAUAAUCUUGCGGCAGAAGUGGCAAAAAAGAAGUCUGGAUUGUUUGACGCAACUUCUAGUGAUUAUCAACUCGCAAUCGUUGUCCUUAUUGCUUUACUUUUUGCAUCGUUCAUGUGUGGAUUGUUUUGGCAUUAUAAAUACCACGCAAAGGCGGUGAGAGUUCGAGAAAAUCUACGAAAUUCAUCCCAUGGGUAUGGUUACUACAAAUAUUUGCGAGAAGAUGCAAAAGAGUCAUGUGAAGACCAGUUUAAAACUCUCAUGUGCAAGAUCCAGGACGUUAAAAAACGACACACAAAAGAGCUGAAGUUACUAACAAAAUACCGCAAGGAGUCUGGAGAAGCUUGGCCAGUACCCCGACGUUUUACCCCUGCAACAAGCAGUGCCGGGAGUUUUACUCGUAUACGCAAAAUGAACGCAACAGUAACGCCAUCUUUAAACAGUCAAUGUAACAUUGGCUUACAAGUUCUGGAUGUUGAAGCAGAACAUGCAAAUCGGUAUUCAAAAGAUUCGCAAGUUUAAAACAUGAAACAAUAAUAAGAAUUUCGUAAUAAUGGGACAAUUUUUAUUUACAAGUUUGAACAAUCUUGAUUAUUUGUCUAUAUAUAGUUUUAUUGUAUCAUCUUCAAGUUCUAUUGUAUACCGGUUAAGGAUGAGUUUUUCAGGGAUAUUCCCAAUUAAUUAACGUUUAAUGAGCCAAACUUCAGUCCCGGACUAACAAAGUAGAUUUAACUAUACGAAAUCCUUAUUU